AUGGCCGAGCGCUUCGAGGGUUAUAUGGGCCGGGGUGAUCUUGACUUCACCGAGGAGUUCAGGAGCAAACCGCAAUGCCGCGAGGCACUCGAGGACGUUGGUCUAAACAUCAUCGAUUUCCUGGACGCCGUGGAGCAUGGGAACUCAGUCCCACCACUUUUCGUCGGAGGGAGAGUUAUCACGGUAUACGCGGAUAACUGGCAAAGUCUACCCGAAGAGGGACGUCAAGAAAGGAAGUCCGUUGCGUAA